UAACUCAGGAAUGAAGCUUAAAUCGCAGUUGUUAAGAUAUUCAUAAUGUUGUGAACAUUCAAGUAGAAAUAUAAGAAUAAUAUGAUAGUAAAAUUUCAAAUACUUUUACUGAAUUGCCUGUUCUGAAGUAGUGAGGAGGGAAAAAGAAUUUUGUACAUCUUUGUCGAUACAUAACACUGCGUUCAUUCUUUGUGCUUAAUAUGUCAUAUUUCAACUAAGUUUAAAAUUAAAAUCAUGGAGUGCAAUUUAGCUGAACUUGUACCGUUUCCCAUGGAUGUUCCAGGUGAUAUACUCAAAGAAAGCAUAGAUUUGAAGGAAACGAAUAACGCAGCACAUUCUCCUCGACUAUAUUUAAACAGUUUGAGUGAUUACGAUGAGACGGAAUCAUUAAGUUCUUAUACGUUAACGGAUAGUGACGCUACACCUAACGUGACGCCCAACACACCAAUCAGUCCAUCAUCAAAGUGCGACUCCACACAUUUUACUUUUACGAACAUUUCAUCUUUGUCUACAGGAAUAAAGAUAACGCAAGGUGACUCCCCUCUUCAUAAAAGAGUUCUUCCAAACCGACGUAAACGUCAUGAACCGCCAUCAAAAGACAUUUUACGUAAAAGAAGAGUUGCUGCAAACGCGAGGGAACGUCGGAGAAUGGAAAGUUUAAAUGUUGCAUUUGACAAAUUGCGAUCAGUUAUUCCUUCUUUUGGAGACGAUACAAAACUAUCAAAGUAUGAAACAUUACAAAUGGCACAGACUUACAUUGCUGCUUUAAAAGAUUUAUUGUGAUGACGUGCAACAUUUUCUUUACUGCGGAGUGCUCAACAUUUAUCGUGUGAUAUUUUUUAAUAUCUUUUAUAGAAUUGUUUUUAAAGUGAUCAUUACUUUUGCAUUAUGAGCAAUACAUAUAGUUAUCUGCCUAAACAUGAACAUGUAAGUCAUUUAAAAUUUCACGCCAACCUGUGUUCAACCGAACAUAUCACGUGUAACUGUGUUCACAAUAUCCAAUGUGUUCCUAACUUUGACAAUGUCUCUUGAAAUAUGUUCUACAUUUCAAAUAACUGUGUUCAUUGAUUUAUGGACGUUCUUAUUAUGUAAUUUUAGUCGAUAUCCGGGAAAUCCAAAUAUUUUUGGGUUUUGUUUUUUUUUAUCCUAAAAAUUAUUUAUAGCAUUUAUCUGUUAUAAAUGUCCUUGAAUAUAUCCCGGAUAUUUGCGGUAUUCAUUUAAGUUGAUAUGUUUACGAUGUUUCAUUAAUUCUCAUAAGAGAAUCGGGUAUCAAAUGUAUGUGGUUUUAUUCAGGUUAUUUCAAUUACGGGAGAUAAAUGACUCGAUCUGCUUAGAUAAUAACACAAAUGAUAUAUGCAGAUAUAAUGUUUGACAUUCAAACAGACACACGAACGAUCAUCAAAAAAUAAAAUACUUCUUAAAGAAAUAUUGAAAUAGUUUUGUAUUUACCAGCAUCAAGCUUACCAAAACGUUUUAAUAUUUGUAAACUAAUUAAAUACGAUUUCAUCAGAUGCGGUAACUAUAAAAUUAAUUAUUGACAGUUUUAUAAAUUUUCAGCCAUAUUCCUUAUAUAUACAUCAUAUUUCAUACAUUGUUAAAGAUCCCUUUUCCAUUUUUGUAUAUACAAGGAAUGAUAAUUCCAGAUAUAGAUGAUAUUGAAUGAGUGUAAGUUCAAUACUGAAUUUAUUGCACGAGUUGAAUAAAAUUAUAUUAUGCGAGCCUCUGGCGAGCAUAAUAUUAUUUUAUUCAACGAGUGCAAUAAAUUCAGUUAUGACC